AACAGCAGAGCAGGAAUCAAAACAAGAGACGGACACGCCUUCGCUCCUAAAGGUUAUACCAGCUUAUUUCUUAGACCUGCUGCACUAAAUUCAACCCGCCGUGCAAGAAGAGGCCCAAAAGCAUCACCACAAAGAGAAAAGCCCGCAUUAAAAACAAAGCACUGCAAGGGUCCACUGCAGAAAUGGAGUCCACAGAAAUGUCAGACAGCGCUGACAGGAGCCGUUGAUAGAGGUCGAAAAUAACACUUGACACCCGAAUCCUGUAAAAUGCCCAACCAGAAGAGCAGCAAGGGAAAGAAAAGCAAACGCACGAACAGUAGCGGAGAUGAGCAGGAAAAUGGAGCCUGUGCGGCCGCAACAGGAGGCGCGGCCGCGGCGGCUGCACCCAGGAGCGAGCGCUCAAGUGAGGUCCAGUGUGCAACCCCUCUCGGCUGCAGCCUGAGCCGUGCCAUUGAUCUGGAGAAGGACGACUGCCAGAGGGUUGUUUGCAACAGCGAGCUCUGCCCUUAUGGCAACUGGAUGCAUCUACAGUGUUUCUACGAGUGGGAGAGCUCCAUCCUUGUCCAGUUCAACUGCAUCGGCCGUGCGCGGUCCUGGAAUGAGAAGCAAUGCAGACAAAACAUGUGGACCAAGAAAGGCUACGACCUGGCCUUCAGGUUCUGCUCCUGCCGCUGUGGCCAGGGUCACCUGAAGAAGGACACCGACUGGUACCAGGUGAAACGCAUGCAGGAUGAGCGUAAGAAGAAGUCGUCGGAAAGGAGCUCAGGCAGGACUGGAGCCAGCGGAGGGGCUUCAGGGUCCGGGGAUGGGUUUUUUGAGGAGCCCAAGAAAAGCAAACCACUUGGAGGAGCUGUAGGAGGAGCCAAACUAGCUAAUAGGGCCUCUAGUCAGGAGAUGCCUCGUAGACAAUCAGUUGAUCGACAGAACUCCACAGAGAGAGGUGGAGCAGCAGGAGGAGGGGGAGGAGGAGGAUAUGCAAUAGGAGGGCCUUUACCUUUGGGGCCUCCUCAGAAAUCUCCAUGUGACUCCCCGGGACAGUCUCCUCCUACUGGCUUCACCUUCUCCCCCACUGCUGUUCUCGGAUCGGGAGGUGGGGGAACAGGUAUGCGGGGUUCCCGUCAGCUGGGAGAGUUCUUCAAAUCAGCCGUCCACAUGGACGCACAGAGGAAACACCUGCUGGUUGGGGGAUCUCUUGGUCGGAGCGGAGGCUGCUCCCUGGGAGCCUCUGGCGGUGCAGCUGGUGCUCCUCACUUAGAUGCAGGGUCUGUCCUGCCACUACAACUAUCCUUUACCCUCCCGCUUCAUCACCGGCUCACCUCUGGCAGUGUGGGUGAUGGUAGCCACCCUCACCCGGUGCAGUUCCUGAGGAGGCUGGACCUCUCGGAACUCCUCACCCACAUCCCGCGCCACAAGCUCAACACCUACCACGUCCGCAUGGAAGAUGAUGCCCAGGCAGGCCAGGGAGAGGAGCUGCGCAGGUUCAUCCUGUCAGCUCUCAGUGCGAGCCAGAGAAACGUGGUCAACUGUGCACUGUGCCACCGGGCGCUGCCUGUAUUUGAGCAGUUUCCUUUGGUGGAUGGGACGCUGUUCCUCAGCCCUUCACGCCAUGAUGAGAUUGAGUACGAUGUGCCGUGCCACCUUCAAGGCCGGCUGAUGCACCUCUAUGCCAUCUGUGUGGACUGUCUAGAGGGCGUCCACAAGAUUGUCUGCAUCAAGUGCAAGUCACGCUGGGAUGGGAGCUGGCACCAGCUGGGCACCAUGUAUACCUACGACAUACUGGCUGCUUCACCGUGUUGCCAGGCCCGUCUCAACUGUAAGCACUGCGGGAAACCGGUGGUGGACGUUCGAGUAGGGAUGCAGUAUUUCUCCGAGUACAGCAACGUCCAGCAGUGCCCCCACUGCGGCAACCUGGACUAUCACUUUGUUAAACCUUUCUCCUCCUACAAAGUUCUUGAGGCUUAUUGACAAAUGUUGCUCUUGCAUGCUAGUUGAGCUGCUUUUUGUUUGUUUGUUUUUUUCUAACACAAUCUAGGAAAGAUUUUAUUUUUUGGGGCCUUAAGGAGGCUUUUAAGUUCUCUCUCUUUUGAUUUCAUGAUUUCAGUUUUUUUUAAAUGUAUAGGAAAUGUAUGAUUCUAGUUAGAGAAAAGUUCCAUGACAGUAUCUCUGCGGUUAGAGAUAAGUGUUGAUAAAAGUGCUGCACUGACAUUUAAGUCAAGCAAACACAUUUAUCCGUGACGAGUGAAUGUAUCUGUAUGCCAAAUUUACUUUUAUUUUUUACCAAAAACAAUCUUGAAUAAAGCUGAGAGAGAUAGACA